AUGGGGAGCUACAGGAUGUGCCUGUGCUUCACCCGCAGGUUCCCGUGGAAGGAGGCGCAACCGCCGGGGGAUGUGAAAGAAGCCUUCGCGGCCUACGCCGAGGGCGAUACUCGCAUGAACGCCGAGCAGCUCCUCCGCUUCCUCGUCGACGUCCAGGGCGACUCCCGUGCCACCGUCGCCGAUGCCGAGUUGCUCAUCGAGCAUUUCCGGCGUCUGAACCAUCGCUACCUCGCCAAGCUCUCCGGUUCUUUCCUCUCCCUCGAGGACUUCCACCGCCUCCUGUUCUCCGAGGAGCUCAACCCUCCCAUUCUUUCCCAGGUGAUCAUGCUCUACCUUCCCUCCUCUUCUCUCUCCCUCUAUCAUCGUUCAUCACUUGGAUGAUGCACUGCGGGGGAAGCACGAUUGUACCUGAUUUAACACUUGCCUUACUGAGGUAGUUGACUAUUGUGGUUGUCCAGUGGAAUAUCAAUCUGAAUUAUUGCUGGGCCUUUUCACCCAGGAUUUACCGGUUUCAGCCACGUAGGUGUCCAAGUGAGCAAUGUAGAAGGGGAAAGGGAGAGGUUGACUUUUUAUAAUUUGGGUGGGGGCCGGGUGGGGUUGUCUUUCAGACCAUGAAAGGCAAACGUUCUUGGAAUUGGCCGUGAAUAGGCUUAAUGUGCCUGUUUAGCUACUGAUGAGUAUUCAGUUGAUGUGUAUAAAACCAUUGACUCUUCAGCAUCCUAUAAGUUUCUGAAGUUCAAAAGAUUUCAUGUCUUUAUUUUUGUAGAAUUUAAGUAUCUGCAUCUUCUUGUAGUAGUUAUCACCAACAGUUUGUAUGAUGCUAGCAAUCCUGAUUAAAGAGGCCAGGUGACAAUGUGGUUGCCUUAUCUCUCAUACUACUGUUCUUGUCCUUUUAUUUCAGUAAUAAUAACUUAUCAUUAUUAUUUUUUAUUGGGAAUUGAGUAUGUUUUUUCAUCUUAUUGAUCACAUCCUUUAUUCCCUCUGUCCUGAUGUAUACUUUUGCGAUGUGUAAUUAAUUCGAGGCUAGAGAUCAUUUUUCUCUAGCUUCUUACAACACAGUGUACUUAAUAUUCUCCAUUCAAUAUUCUCUUCUCUGUCGUGACUUUUCAGCCCAACCAGUGGGUGUAUUCUUCUUGGGCACAAAUAUCCUUGAUGCAGACGGCAUCAAUCCUGAAGAUUAGCUAGCCCGAAGCAAUUACAGAUCAGAGUAAGAGAAUCCAGAAUUCCCAAACAGAUAAUGCAACAGACUGGAAUAGAGUCGAAAAAGCGAUUGUAUCUAGAUGUUUAGAGGCCUAUAAGUUUCCUUAAUGGUGAGACAUUCUAUUUCUGUCAGAAUCUUUAGAUAUGAGGACACAGAGAAGGUCUGAAGUUGAUCAAAACAGGAGAACAUGCCCCUUUCGACCUUUAUGAAGCUUUGCUUGCCUGUUUCUCAUAGAAGAUCACUCUGACACCGUUGGCUCUUCCUACCUUGGCUUUGAAUCUAUUUUUCUCUCAUCGUAAAUUCGGUAUGCUGCCAACUGGGACAUCAAAUAUAACCUCCAUUUGCUCUUUUUGUUACUAUGUUAAAGGAUACUGGAAGCUGUUCUGAUUUCCACGAUAAUAAUUCAGACACCAAGCUUCAUCUGAACGCAGCGAAGAGUUUCUUAAGAUAUAAGCCCGACGAAAGAUAAUGGCGCACGUUCUAGGUUUUCUUUUAACGUGCUGCCAAUGGGCAGCCAACUUGUGAAACCCCAUGUUAAGAUUUUAAGUACACCAGAUCAAGAAGAAGAAUAAUUAAAGAUGUCGAUUGAAUUGAAAGAAUCUGUUCAAAAUAUCCACGCAUGCCUGCAAGCUGACAUUAGAAGAUGCAGUGAUUCCUAGUUUACUUCAUCCUGGAGAAAAAAAGUGUAUCCCGUUUUGUGUGGCCUACUAUUGGAAACUUUGAAGGUGAAGGAUAGUUCUGAGACGCGAACAAUAUUUGUCUGUAUUUUUUCCUUUUAUAUUUGAUGGUUUCAAUUGCCGUUUGUUGACAAUGUAAGAGGUAGAUUGUUAAUGUGAUACCCUGACAUUGUCAUAUUUCUGCGUGCAGGUUCAUCAGGAUAUGACCGCUCCAUUGUCUCAUUACUUCAUUUAUACUGGUCAUAAUUCUUACUUGACGGGGAACCAACUCAGUAGUGACUGCAGUGAUAUUCCUAUCAAGAAGGCACUUCAAAAAGGUGUCAAAGUAAUUGAGCUAGAUAUUUGGCCAAAUUCUACAAAAGAUGGUGUUGAUGUUUGUCAUGGAGGGUAUGUUAUAACAAGGCGAUUUAUCCAAUUGAUGUCUUCUGGUUAACUCGGAUUUUUUCCUAAUUUUAUUAUCAUCUGUACGAUAUACAUUCUUUAAUAACAUAUUAAAAUGAUUUUAACAUGUCAUUAAAUGUUAAUAAGGUAUUUAUUGCUUUUUUUUUUCAAAUUCACAUUGUUGCGUAAAUUUAUUCUAACCUAAUUAAUAUAUUUGACUUGCGUUAUCUUUGAUGGAGUUAUGAACCGCCACGUCAACUUUGGUGCAGAUAUUUCGACUUUCAGUAUUUUUUAUCUGAAAAUCAGUUUAGGAUGGAAUUGCAUAACUAUCAGAAAUACGGAUAUCAGGUCCUUUUAUUUACUUAACAAAAGUUGCUAACUCGCCCCUUUUUUUUGGGUACUUGGGAGCCGAAAUUUUAACAUUAUCAAAUAUGCACUAAUUUCUACAUUAUUGUAUGAUGAAUUAAUUUACCAAGAACGGCUCGUUUCCCAAGUUUUUAUUUUUAACAGAUUUUCCUCAUUUUCCAUGAUGUUUCAGCCGGCAACGUUUUUGCUUUUGAUGAGACAGUAUUGAUUUAUUUACUACUGUAGGUACCUUAUGCAGAAGUUGCGCAGGUUUUCUAUGUUGAUAUUUUUUCAUUAAACAGCAGCAAAACUCCUCUUUUCUCAUUUCAUUUAGUGAUAUGGGUUUUUUUUUGUAUGCCAUAGGACCCUGACUUCUCCGGUUGAACUCAUCAAAUGUCUUAGGACAAUCAGCGAUAAUGCUUUUGUUACUUCUCAAUACCCUGUUAUUAUAACCCUAGAGGAUCAUCUCACUCCCGACCUUCAAGCUAAAGUUGCGAAGGUGAUUUUAUUAUCACCAUUGAAUUUCUGUAUUCCAUUCUAAGCCUGGCAGAAUUUCAUAUAUGAUUUUAUUUUUUUAUGCUCUAGAUGGUCACUCAGACGUUUGAAGAUACCCUAUAUUACCCGAAAUCAGAAUUUCUGAAUGAAUUCCCGUCACCAGAAGCUUUGAAGAGGCGAAUAAUUCUUUCAACAAAGCCCCCAAAAGAGUACCUAGAGUCUGAGCUUUCAAAGGAUAAAGAUGGAGAGUCUGAGGGAGAAUCAUGGGGGAAGGAGAUUGCAGACUUAAAAUCUGAGCUUCAGUAUGAUGAUAAGGUCUUACUUGAGAUCUGGUGCUCUCUUCUUUGUUCAGUCUUCUGUGCUAAACUUUCCCAGGUUGAUCUUCUCUCCGACAGGACGAUGAACAUGAUCAUGAACAUGAUGAAAAAGAUAUCAAUAUCGAAGACGAUGAUGAUACAAAAAUGCUCCGGAAUUCAUCGCCUGAAUAUAGACAACUAAUUACUAUCACUGCCGGGAAGCCCAAGGGUGGUCUGAAAGAGGCAUUGAAAGUGGAUCCUAACAAGGUCAGGCGUCUUAGUCUGAGCGAGCAAGAACUCGAGAGGGCCGCAAGAUCCUACGGUAAAGAUAUAGUAAGGUACUGAACAUGGCAUUGCUGUGAAUUGCCUUAUUUCUUCCUCAGAUGUUCAGGCUCUCGCCACUUUUUAUAAGAUUUGAAAGCAAAUUCAUAUAAAUCCUGAGAAGAUGCAAGAUACAUGUUCUACAGAUUGGCCGUAUGAUUCAAGAAAACAUGACAGAUUGGCCGUAUGAUUCUUCUUUAAAACAUGAUUAGUUAUAUCUGUGGUACCGUAAAUUGUUCAUGCCUUUGAGGCGACUUAUUGGAAAGUUGGAGGCUUGGAACCGCUUUGAUUCUUUGAGCUUUGAAGUCUAUGAAUCCUUGGUUUUCAGAUUCACUCAGAAGAAUUUGCUUAGAAUAUAUCCAAAGGGUACUCGCGUCAACUCAUCAAACUACAACCCACUGAUCGGGUGGAUGCACGGAGCUCAGAUGGUUGCAUUCAAUAUGCAGGUUUUCUCCGGUCCUCUGCCCAAAAUUAUAAAUUUUUUUUGACUUUUGCUCACAUCUAUCCCAACCCCUUGGUUAUCCUCGGUUUCUCAUCUUGUCAUAAAAAUGUAUGAACAAGCGCAAAUCUGCAGGAUGAUUGCUGUUUAUAGGCGCUUGCCAUCCAAUGGAUCUGUUCUUAAUCGUACUAUUGUCUCUGUAGUUCAAAGCUUUCUUCUUUACUGAACCCACCCUUCUCUCUCUCUCUCUCUCUCUCUAAUCAACAAGAGAGAGAAAGAAAGAGAGAGAGAGGAAGAGAGAGAGCAGUGAUUUGAAUUGAUGUAUCUCUUAUCAGCCCUCCUGAUUCACGGACAGGGAUAUGGGAGGUCUCUCUGGCUGAUGCAGGGCUUUUACAGGGCCAACGGAGGUUGCGGGUUCGUUAAAAAACCCGACUUCCUGAUGAAUGUCGGGCCGAACGGCGAAGUCUUCGAUCCCAAAGCGUGGUUGCCGGUCAAGAAAAUCUUGAAGGUGAGAAGUAGCCGGCGACUUCGCGGAAAUAAAAGGUUUCCAUCCCACCUCGCCUCCUCAUAUUUGAAUCUUUAUUCUUGGAACAGGUCAAAGUGUACAUGGGCGAUGGUUGGCGCCAGGACUUUAAGGAUACGCACUUUGACUUGUACUCUCCACCGGAUUUCUAUGCAAGGGUGGGUACAGAAAACAGUCAACCCAUUCCUCUUUCAACCUGGUUCUGCGCUUCUCUCUCUCUCUCUCUCUCUCUCUCUCUCUCCUCUCUUUCUCUCUCUCUUAGAUAGAAGGGGCUUUAGAGGGCUGACAGCUUGGGUACUGCAGGUGGGGAUAGCUGGAGUGCCGGCCGACAACCUGAUGAAGAGGACGAGGGCGAUAGAGGACCACUGGGCGCCGGCGUGGGAGCAGGAGUUCACCUUCCCGUUGACCGUCCCGGAGCUCGCCCUGCUGCGGGUCGAGGUCCACGAGUACGACAUGUCGGAGAAGGACGACUUCGGCGGUCAGACCUGCCUGCCGGUUUCCGAGCUGAGACCCGGGAUUAGGGCUGUCCCUCUCUACGACCGCAAGGGCACCAAGUUCAGCUCCGUGAGGCUUCUCAUGCGUUUCCAAUUCCUCUGA